CAGAAUCACAGUCGUCUGAGUAAGAAGAGACGGCGUCAAUGGAUCUGGCUGUGGCCCUGGUGCUCUGUCUCUGCUCUCUGCUUCUCCUCUUGCUCUGGAAACAGAGCUCUGGGAGAGGGAAGCUCCCGCCGGGCCCCACUCCUCUCCCGAUUCUUGGAAACAUCCUACAGUUAGAUGUUAAGAACAUCAAGCAAUCCUUAAGUGAUCUCUCAAAAGUCUAUGGCCCUGUGUUCACUCUGUAUUUUGGCAUGAAGCCCGUAGUGGUCUUGCAUGGGUAUGAAGCAGUGAAGGAAGCUCUGACUGAUCUGGGAGAGGAGUUUUCUGGAAGAGGCCGUUUCCCAGUGAAUGAAAAAGUUAGAAAAGGACAUGGAAUCAUUCUCAGCAAUGGCAACAGAUGGAAGAAGACCCGGCGCUUCUCCCUCAUGACCUUGCGGAAUUUUGGGAUGGGGAAGAAGAGCAUUGAGGACAGAGUUCAAGAGGAAGCACACUGCCUUGUGGAGGAGUUGAGAAAAACCAACGGGUUGCCCUGUGAUCCCACUUUCAUCCUGAGCUGUGCUCCCUGCAAUGUGAUCUGCUCCAUUAUUUUCCAGAACCGUUUUGAGUAUAAAGAUCAGGUGUUUCUAGAUAUAAUGAAAAUGUUUAAUGAAAACACCAGAAUUCUGAGCUCUCCAUGGCUGCAGAUCUGCAAUACUUUCCCUGUUCUCAUUGAUUAUUUCCCAGGGAGCCAUAACAAAUUCAUUAAAAACUGUGCUAAUUUAAAGAGUUAUGUUUUUGAGAAAGCAAGAGAACACCAAACAUCCCUGGACAUUAACAAUCCUCGGGAUUUUAUUGAUUGUUUUCUAAUCAAGAUGGAGCAGGAAAAGGACAAUCAAGAACUUGUGUAUACGGCUGAAAACUUGGCAAACACUAUAUUGGAUUUGUUUGCAGCUGGGACAGAAACAACAAGCACCACACUGAGAUAUGGGCUCCUCCUCCUGCUGAAACACCCUGAGGUCACAGCUAAGGUCCAAGAAGAGAUUGACCGUGUCAUUGGCAGACACCGGAGCCCCUGCAUGCAGGACAAGAGCCACAUGCCCUACACGGAUGCUGUGAUCCAUGAGAUCCAGCGAUACACUGAUCUGCUCCCCACCAGUCUUCCCCAUGCAGUGACCCGUGACAUUAAAUUCAGAAACUACCUCAUCCCCAAGGGCACAGAUAUAUUAGCAUCACUGACUUCUGUGCUACAUGAUGACAAAGAAUUCCCCAACCCUGGGGUAUUUGAUCCUGGCCACUUCCUGGAUGAUAGUGGCAACUUUAGAAGGAGUGACUAUUUUGUGGCUUUUUCUACAGGAAAACGUGUUUGUGUGGGAGAGGGCCUGGCCCGCAUGGAGCUGUUUUUAUUCCUGACCACAAUUUUACAAAAACUUACCUUGAAAUCUGUGGUUGACCCAAAGGACCUCGACACCACCCACGCUGUCACUGGGUUUAUUUCUUUGCCACCUUUUUACCAGCUCUGUUUCAUUCCUGUGUGAGGAAUGUUAGGUCAUCUGGCUUCUUCACUGAUGUUGUCUUCAACUCCCUCUCAUCUGGGGCAUCGUUCACCUGCUUCCCCUCAUCGUUCCUGAGAGUGCUUGCUCUGACCUCUCUUCAUUCAUUGUGCAAUUUCAAUGCAGAAAUGUAUCUGCCAUUCUUCAUACUCUGUAACAUCUAUAUUGGCUACCAGAUAAUGCACAUAAUUAUCUGAUGUUGAAUAGUUCUACAUUCAUGGGACUAUAUACUCCAUCAAAAUAAAACAAGAUGAUUACUCUCUGUACAAUGCAGAGCUCUUUCUGCUAUGCCUGUUCCUAAUACACAUACCUUGGUAAGCCAGUAUGAAACUUUCCUUCUUUUGUGCAUAUUGCAGAUAAGGGAGGAAAGAAAAAAGAGGCAAAGAUGUCACAUGGUCCUCAUAUGCACAGAGGAGGGAAUGAGAGUAGAAAAGCUCCCUUGGUUGCAUGUUACCAUGAGUUACUUGAGGUUUGGACUUGAAAGUGAAAAAUUGUUUUCAAGAGCAUCUUCAUCCUGUAGGGAUUAUGGAGAUCACUGAGUGUUGUUUAGUUGCCCAGUAAUGUCUGACUCUUUGAUGAAACUCCAUGGACUGUGGCCCAGGUGCCUCUCUCCAUGGGAUAUCUCAGCCAGGAAUACUGGAGUGAGUUCCAUUUCCUUCUCCAGGGGUUCUUCCCCACCCAGGGAUUGAACCCCGGUAGCCUACUUUGGCAGGGAGAUUCUUUACUGCUAUGCCACAAGGGAAGCUCAAAGUCAAAGUAAUCCAGGAAAACUACAAUUGAAAAUCAGAAUAGAAAUCAAUGAAAUUGUAUAAAGGAAAUCACUAGAUAGAAUCAAAGAAACCAAUGCUAGUUCUUUGAAAAUUUGAAGAGAAUUGAUAUAUCUGUAGCUAGGUUACCCUCAGAAACACGUUGGACACGAGUUUGAGUAGGUUCAGGGAGCUGGUGAUGGACAGUGAAGCCUGGUGUGCUGCAGUCCGUGGGGUCACAAAGAGUUGGACCUGAAUGAGUGACUGAACUGAACUGAACCCUCAAAAAAGCCAUAAAAGAGAAAUUACACAAGUUAUCCUUGAAAUGGGGAGUCAUCUCUUUAGUGCCAUGGACAUAAAAUGGAUAAUGAAAGAGUAUUCUGAAUAGCUCUAUGUCCACCAGUUUGAUGACUUAAUUGAAAUGGGUCAAUUUUGUAAGAACACAGUCUGACAAAAUAUA